GAUGUACAGUCAAAGGUCAGUGAUGUUGUUCUGGGAAAAGAAAAGCCAGUGGAAGAAUCUACUCCUGAAUAUGAGAAGCUUAAACAUUAUAUAUUUGAGCUAGAAAAUCAUCUAGCAGAGGCCCAGAAACAAGCAUUUCGCCUUGUAAAAAGGCACAGAGAACUUGGGCAAUCUUUGGCGGACUUUGGGAAAGCGAUUAAGCUUUUAGGCGCCUGUGAAGGGGAUUCGUUGGAGAAGGUGUUUUCUGAAGUUGGUUCGAAGUCAGAAAUGUUGUCAAUAAAGCUGCAAAGAGAGGCAGACAACCUUCUCUUUAACUUUGAAGAGCCUUUGAAAGAUUAUGUGCGUGCUGUGCAGUCAAUAAAGGCCACUAUGCUUGAUCGAGCCAAUGCUUUCAGGCAGCACUUUGACUUGGACCAGGAGAGGAAGUAUAAAGAGCUUAACCUUGAAAAAAUGAAGUUCAUGAACCCUGAGAAGUUUACCGAGUCAGAAACUGAGUUCAGCGAGUUGAAAGCAGCCAGUGAGGAGGCUACGAAGAGGUACGAGCACAUAGUUAGUGUAAUGAACGAGGAGCUUGCACGAUUCCAGGAGCAGAAAACAGCUGAUAUUGGACUUGCAUUCCAUGAGUUUGCCAAAGGUCAAGCAAAGUUGGCUAAAGAUAUUGCUGAUGCGUGGCGCAGCGUCCUCCCAAAGCUAGAGGCGUGUUCCAGUUCAUAAUCGAAACUGUGUUUGCCCAUUGUGUUUGAGAUAGUGGUUGGCGCUUUGAGUUCUAGGCUGAUUUUUUCCAGCCUAAUUUGACAGUGGUUCAUGUAUACUUAAAGGUGAUGGUUGACAAUGCUGAAGUUGUUAUAUUGACAUCUUUUCCUUACCGUGUGGGUGUGUACUCUGUAACUCAAAUUUUCGACCAAUUAGUCUAACUGUUGAAGUCCUUCAGGAAGUAUUAUGAAUAAAGAGAAGACAGUGGAGUUGUUUAGCUUUA